GCACAAUUAUACAACAAAAUGACGCACAUUCCUAAAAAGACUUUUGGCAGUACUUCUGUCCCGGUUGGACAAAUGGGCUUCGGCGCAAUGAGUUUGGCCGGGUUGACAAAAGCACCAGUUGAACAAGAUAAAGUGAAUGCAAUCUUACAAGAAUGUUUGGAUAACGGUGUUAAUGUGAUUGACACCAGUGAUUUUUACACACAAACUGCCACUCAACAACUUGGUUAUGGUGAAAAACAAAUUGGUCAAUUCUUGGCCGCAAACAAAGAACGACGCAAAGAGGUCUUCUUGUGCACUAAGUUUGCUAUGCGAUUCAUCGAUGGUGCAAGUGUAAAGGACAACACUGCUAAAUGGUGUUUGGAAGCAUGCAAGGAUUCCUUACAACGCCUGCAAGUUGAUUAUAUCGAUUUGUAUUAUUGCCACAGAUAUGAUGGUAAAACAGAUCCAAAGGAGACGGCAAAGGCAAUGAAGCAACUCAAAGAAGAAGGAAAGAUUAAAUACGUCGGCGUUUCAGAAUUCCCAAUUGAGAAAUUGAAGCAAUUCAACGAAGUUUGCCACGUUGAUGCUGUCCAAAACGAGUUCAGUCCAUUCACACCUGAGGUGUUGCGAUUGGGUAUCAUUGAAUGGUGCGAACAAAAUGGAACUGCAUACGUUGCAUACUCUCCACUCGGUAGAGGUGUAUUCACUGGAGCAGUCAAACGUGCAGAAGACGUUGAUCCGAUCUAUCAACAGCUCAACUUACCUCGAUUGACAGGUGAAAAUUUUGACAAAAAUGUCAAAUUAGUCGAAAAAGUCGAAUCGAUCGCCAACAAAAAAGGUGUAAAACCAGGUCAUGUGACGUUAGCCUGGGUAAUCGCAAAAUCUCCAAUGAUCAUUCCUAUUCCGGGAACGUCUAAAUUGGAAAAUUUGAAGGAUAACAUUGCUGCUUCGAAGACACAAUUGACAAAAGAGGAAAUCAAAUCGAUCGAUGAUAUCGUUUAUUCGUUUGACGUUUCGGGUCGAAGAUACUUUGGUGCAGGCAACGAUAAUCUGUCCCACUAAACAGGUUUUUGUAGGAAAAUAACCAUCUCAUAGCUCGAGAAUGAAAUACAAAUUCUUGUGACCGGUAGAAACCGCAUGAAUAGAGGAAGGACUAAUGAAGUAUAUUAUCUGCUUAAUGACAACGUCUGAUCACGCAGAAUUUAUAUGUCUUGACACAAUCUCACAUUCCUGAUCAUUGCAGUCUCUGUCAAGUUCUACAUCAUAUUUAAAGCUGUUGAAUGGAAUAUCUAGUGUCAGUGUGGGUUCAUUCAUGACCGCUCCACCACAAUCACUCACCUUUGAUCCCAUGAUCAACUCUUUCAAUCCUUGAGGGUCCAAUUGAGAGUCCGGGUACGGCAACCAAGGACCAGGGAAAUGUUGAGCAGCACCAUCGACUACAAAUUUCGCACCGG